AUGAGUAUGGACACACAGCGGGCGCUCUCCUCUCGCCGCUCGUCCUUUGCGUGUCAUCCGCUGGCAGUGUGGAGCCGCAUGUCCAGGAGAGGUGAGCCAGGCAAAGACACCAGCAUUACCAGCAGCAGCAGCGACGCCACCACGCACAGAGGCGGAGGAGGAGGAGAGUGUGGGAGAGGGAGGGACCGAGCGAGGCUGGGGAGGGGAUCUGUUACCAUGGCGACCACGCUCUGUUUCAGGCCGUCCUCCACAGCGGUGUGCCUCUACCUUUACGUCGAACCCUGGUUUGGGCUUAAGUUUAUUCCAAUAUCAGCUGACAAGAAGAAUUAA